AUGAAACCAUUACCUACAGUUGUAGCAGCUUAUGCAGAUCUGUUACAACAUGAACAAAAACUGAGGGCUGAUAAAGGAAAAGGCAGUUCUCAGUCAGUUGCAUUAGCUGCUUAUGGAAAUCAGUCUGGUCAAAGGCCUAAUGCUCAGGGAGUAGGGCAGAAUCAAAUGCUGAACAAUAGACCAGUUCAGAGACCCAACAAGGAAGAAGUUACCAGUGAAACUGGAUUGUUUUGCAGAUACUGCAAAAUGACUAAUCAUAACAUCAAUGACUGUUGGAGGUUGAAGAGAAAGAAUCAAGGGCAACCUGGAAAUGCCAAUGCUCGUUUUGCUGGAGCAGUGAAUGAUGGAGAUGAUGUUUCUCAGGAAUCACAGUCUGUUCAGAACAAUGGGAAUGCUAAUCAGUCUUCAAAUGGGAAUGUGUUCAACAUGCAGUUAACUGGAGAAGAAUUUAACAAACUCAGAUUUCUGCUUCAAGGUGUUCCAAAUUCACCAUCUCCCUCACCAUCACCUCCUCAUUCACCAAGACCUAGUAACCUCCAAGAUGAUUGGCUUGGCAAGACAAAGUAG